AUGGGUCCACCGAACGAAUAUAAUUUGCUGUACGUGUUGACUCAUGAAAUCGGUCAUUCGUUAGGGCUAGAUCAUAAUCACGACACUACGUCGAUAAUGUAUUCAUUCAUACCUGACAGUACUUUUCCUGUCACACUAAACAACGAGGACAUUAUAAACAUACAAAAUCUAUACGGCGCUACGGAUACCGACGUGUUACCGCAAACGACUCCCAGACCGCCACCACCACCACCACCACCGCAGCCAACACCAAGCGUUCCACCGGAUCUGUACGCCUUGAAACGUGUUGAUGUGAUAUUACUGUUGGAACAACGAAUGUACGUAGCGUACGGAAAACAUAUGGCCGCGUAUCAAACUCCAUCCGAUCACUUGAUUCUAUUCGUUGACGAUAGAAUCUAUAAAGUGAACUACCCAGACUUCACGCAAGUACCAACGUGGCCGAGAACUCUCAAAGACUUUGGAAUUCCUAUGGAUGCAAAAAUAGACGCUGCCGUGAACACUAACAAAGGAAAGUCUUACGUGUUAUGCAAUAGACAUAUCGUCGGUGAGAUAGACGACUGCUCCGACAGCAUUAGCAGGUUUCACACCAUUGAGUCGACUUUUCCUGGCAUACCAAACGGAGUGAC